AUGCCCAAUGAAGUCAAGAUGAAGCCGAAGGCGGUGGAAAACAAGAGGAAGCCAAGAGGGAUGGUCGGCGCUCCCCGCUCCUAUAUCAAGAGCAUGCAACAGGACUUGAACUAUUCAAUUCAGGUGAAACCGACCCAAAUCGUUGUGAGUUUGUCGGAUUAUUGGCAAUUUUAGACCUUUUUUGAGCAUUUCCUGUCUUUGAAAAAUUUAAAAAAUGAUUUUUUCUAAUUCUUCCAAGCUGCGCCCGAGUUACUGUAAAUUUUUCGACGGCCAAGUGAAAAAAAAUAUUUUUGAAUCCUUUGUAUUUUUUUUUUCAGUUCGACCCACGGCAAUUCUUCGUGACUCUCUUCAUUAUCAAUACCUGCGCGAAGCAGCUCUGCUUCAAAAUCCGGCCUCCAUCUUCCAAAAUCUUCACUGUGACUCCGCUCUCCGGCUUCAUCAAGCCUUUCGAAAAGGCUUACGUUGUCAUCCAUCGACCGGUACGAACUUUUUCUGUCUUAUUUUACAUAUUUUUACAUGGGACAGUACGUAUUUUACAACCUCAAUGUCCUGGUGUUUUUUUAGAAGCCAAUCGCUCACAAUGACAGUUUAUUGAUCGAAUUUGGACCUGAUACUGGCGUGGAACAUGCUGCUGUUCUUUUCGAUGACAAAUGGGUCGAUUCGGAAACUUUGAGUGUUCCGGUUUUCUCGAAGGGCCCUGGUGGGACGUGA